GGCUUGAUCCCUCAACCUGCUGGGCAGACUAACAUGCGAAUCGAUAUUUUCUUCACGUAAUCGACAAUUCUGGCGAUGGAUAUAUGCCACGUACCGGGCCGAUUCCCGGUAUCUACGCUUAGAUUCGGCCAUGUUCCGCAAAAUCCUGGCCUUCCGAGAUCCCAAACGUCACCGUAUUGGCCCUAUGUCGCAGCUGCUGGCGGUUUACGUUCCGACACCGAUACUUCGGGGCCGACAUAUCGGAACCGGAUGUUCUUUCUGGGAAUGGGUUUCGUAGCACAGUUCUUUGCUCAAGAGCUCAAGAACCAAGGAUGGGUUGUCUCCGGGACUUGUACAAGCAUUUUGAAGAAGAAUGAGCUUGGAGAGAUGGGCUUUGAUAUGUACCUUUUCAAUGCAAAUGAGCGAGAACCGAGCACCCUGGAGAUAAUGAAAUAUCAUACUCACGUUGUUGUCUCAAUCCCUCCUGUAGUGGGUAUUGGUGACCCGGUGCUUCAGCACCAAGAACUUUUGAGGAGUUCGCUAAUGGAUGGGAACCUUCAAUGGCUUUGUUACUUGUCAUCAACUAGUGUAUAUGGAGAUUGUGGUGGUGCAUGGGUAGAUGAGGAUUAUCCUACUAGCUCUGCAAGUGAGUUGGCUAACUUAAGAUUGAUUGCUGAGAAGAGAUGGCUAAGUCUUGGUAAUGAUCUUGAGCUCUCGACACAAAUAUUUCGGCUUGGAGGUAUCUAUGGCCCUGGUAGAAGUGCCGUUGAUACAAUACUUAAGAACAGAGUGUUGUCAGAAGGCCAGAAAAUGAGAGUAUACAGGAAAUUUACAUCUAGAAUCCAUGUUGAGGACAUCUCCCAGGCACUUACAGCCAGCAUUCACUUGCCUUCCCGCAGGAGAGUUUACAAUAUUGUCGAUGAUGAUCCAGCCCCUCGAGAAGAAGUAUUUGCAUAUGCAAGUGACUUGAUCGAGAAGAAGUGGCCUGGGCGGAUCAAGCAAUCCGCCUCCCGAUCAGAGUCAUUAAUUGGGAAGGGUGGUCGAAGGGGCGAGAAGCGAGUUUCCAAUGCUCGUAUGAAGAAGGAACUAGGCGUGAGGCUUCUACAUCCUAGCUAUAGGUCAGGUCUGCAAAGCAUUAUCAAUCAUAUAGAGGAGGCAUUAUGACACUGAUGCAUGAUGAUGCAUCUGCUGAAAGUGUUGCAUAAUUAUGCAUAUCACAGCAGGGACAGUGGUGACAUCUAUGGGGAUGAGAACUUCAACGUUCUAUUCGUAACUCAACCAGAAGGGAUAAAUCUUCAGCAAUGAAAAGAAAAUGACACGCACAACUGUACUGAACUUGGUAGUUGAGAAUGACUGAGAAUACUUGUGAAGUGUUGAGAAUGUUUGUGAAUAGUUAUAAAUAAAUAUUGUAGUGAGUUUGUGGGUCCCAUUAAAAGUAUUUUAAAUUGUUUGGAUGUGUGAA